CUGUCCAAGAUAUCCUGUGGACAGUGGAUAUUAAAGAAGAAGGACAAGAAGACAAAGAGGAGGAGGUUGGGAAGUGCUGUGAAGAUGAAUCGUGUGCAAAAAGUAUGCCUACGCCAGCAAAUGGAAUGUACACGAACAAGACCGUUACUGAGACCUCUUGCCAUGAGAGACAGGAAGAAAGAAAACGACGAAGGACUGAGAGCAUUGCAUCGAUGGAUGAGAAAGCCCUUGUUAUAGACCUACCAGUGGAAACACCUGGGGGAGCAUCAGCCCCUGCAGGCCUAGAGGAUGAAGCUGACCAGGGACUGGUGACCGAAUGUGACUUCUGUCAGAGACGGCGCGAUGAAAUCAACUGGCUGCGGGAAGAGAACAUGGCCUUGAAAUUAGAGCUUGGGCAGACAAAAAUGGAUGAACGUUCCCUGAAGGAUGACGAUGUGAGGGUGAAGUACUACACAGGGCUGCCGGACGCAGAGGUUUUCAUGGCUCUUUUAGCCACUCUUCUACCAUUCAUGACACAGAGCAGUAGAAUGUUGUCACCUUUUCAAAUGCUAAUGCUGACACUCAUGCGCCUCAGACUGAACUUGCCAAUACAACAUCUAGCCUACAUCUUUAGCGUGGACAGGACCACCAUUUCCAGAAUUUUCAAUCACAUGAUAGGUGUUCUGGAUAGCACCAUCACAAAACUGAUCCACUGGCCAACUCGAGAUGCCCUGCACACAACUAUGCCCCAUCAGUUUGUGGUAGCCUUUGGAGACCGUGUUGCUGUUAUUCUGGACUGCUUUGAAAUAUUCAUAGAGAAACCAUCAAAUAUCACUGCUCAAGCCUUUUCCCUCCACAAACACUAUACCACUAUGAAGUACCUUAUUGGUAUUACACCAAAUGGAAACAUUUCUUUCAUUUCAAAGGGGUGGGAGGGUCGUGUCAGUGAUAAACAUGUGACUGAGAACUGUGGCAUUCUUGAAAAAUUACUACCUAGAGAUGUGGUGUUAGCUGUCCUCGGCUUUGAUAUUGAAGAGAGUGUGGGACUUAUGUGUGCUGAGGUAAAGAUCCCCGCCUUCACAAGAGGACACUUUCAAUUGGAAGCAAGAGAUGUGGAAAAUACAAGGAAAAUUGCCCAUCUCCGAACUCAUGUGGAAAGGGUGAUUGGAACUGUCAGAAACAAAUACACAUUUUUGUCAGCAAAAGUACCCAUCAGCAUAGUGUUGCCGCGUGAAGGUGAAGAAAAAACAUUCCUCGACAAGAUUGUGUCUGUAUGUUGUACUCUGACCACCAUGAGCAGGAGUGUUGUGCAAAGUUGAAGUUGACUGAAAUAAAUAUUUCAGAGAGAUGCGUCUUUGCUGCAAGUAGAGGCAUUAGAGCAUGUCCAGACGCCACCUGAGGUGGUGAUCGCCUUAAGCUACUACUCCAGCGUGAAACAUACUUGAUCCAUAAAUUUGAUGUGCUCCACCCCCCAGGCCUUAAUGAGGAGAUAGAUUUUAGGCCUUUUUUGUAACUUUGGCUCCGUGUAACUUAUUAUUUCUCCCCUAGAUAAGGUUUUUCUCUCCUUCUUUGGAAUAUUUCACUUUACUAAAGGGUUGGAAUAUUGCUUAAUAAGAGACUGAUACAAAUGAUUAGUAAUUCACUGUUUUAAAAUACUGUGAUGUUUGAUAUUCUAUAAGUGGUGUUGUUCAUGUAAAGUAAUAUGAUGAAUAACACACUCCAAAUGGACUUUACAUUUUUACAUUUUAUUUUUUGUAAGGUCAUGCCAUGUCAUACUGAGGUAACCAUGUGACCCCCUGAACUGAUAAAUAGGCCACCUAAUGGACUCCUCCUUUGUUACGCCCUGAUGAAGACCCAGUGUGGGUUGAAACCAGUUGGCAGUUUUACCAGUGUUACUAUGCCCCAGAUAAAAUAAAGGGUUUUUAAUUAUAACUUCCUUGUCGACCUGUGGA